AUGAGCUGUGAGCAGACAAAGGAUGGACCACGCCAAAGGAUAUCCAUAUGCUGCUCCACGUGGACUACAUCGGCAAUCCUUGAGAUCGGCAAACCCGAGACCGAGGUUUUGAUGGAAGCCCUUCUCGCCGCCUCCCUCGCUAUCGCUGGGAGGGAUCGGAGAGAUCAGGACAUGGCUCUCCAUAGCGCCUACUUGCAGACCCGUGCACUGCAAAGGUUGCGGUAUUCGUUGACAAGAUAUCAAGAGGGUGAUAUGAGCGUCUGUCCGACGUUGUUGUCUCUCACAGCGUUGACCUGCGCGAUAUCGGAAUUGAUAGCCAACAAGUCAUGGGACAACUUCAACCGCCAUCUGCUGGGGGUGGGCGCAUUGAUAUUUCAUGGUGGCGUCGCCGGACUGGAUCGACGAUCUUCUCGCGAGCACUUUUACGGUUAUCGUGCCAUCCAAACACCUUUCCUGUUCAUGAACCGACAACGAGCGUUCCCCUCCAACCCAGAGUGGUGUGACUUUCCGUGGAAAAAGCACGUGGACGUCGCUCAACAUCCAUUGCACUCAAUGCUUGAUAUUGCACUCAAGAUCUUGCCGGAGGUUGUGAAGCAAGACAUGCCGAAGAAGUGGAAAGUCGCCUGUCUGGAGGAGAGGCUGGACAAAGCGUGGACAGUCGUGGAAGAACUGGAUGAAUGGGAGCGUGAGCUGCGACUACGGCAUCACGGGGUUCUUUACAUCAAGACGCCGUCCGUGUGGGGAGGUGUGAACGGGCAUCGCCUCGAGUUCCCUGGCACGUCGACUGCCAUCGCCUUCGCCAUGUACACAGCAGUGAGGGUGCAUGUGGCGGCCCUCAUCGCCAACGUCUCGGACGAGAUGCUCUCGCGUGCGUCCGCAGCUGACGUCCGUCCAAGCUCCGCCAUGCUGGAGGCUGUGCAGUGGUCUCGUCUCGCAUGUCAGAGCCUGGAGUAUUUCCAUACAGGCGCACCCAAAGUCGCCGGGCGGAUCGUCACCCUCUGGCCACUUGAAACAGCAUGGGAGCUCUUCAGUCGCGUGCACAUGGAAAGCACGGUGGAUGUGUCGCAGGAGCUGGCUUGGUGCCGGUCGAUGGCCGAAAGACACGCCAGUCUUGGGAUUCCCCCGUUUCGGUGGAGAUAA